AUGACUGCAGAGCAGGAAAACGGCGAUGAUCACCCCAAGCGAACGUGGAAUUCGUCGACAAAGUUGACCCAGCCACGACGUGCAACGGCGUCAGCUGUGGGAAAUAGAGGAAGACGCAUACAGGAUGCCCCUCGACAGCCUCGGACUCCGCGACAGACUAGAACCAAUCUACAACGUGUUGGAGAACACUCAAAUGAGGCCGAGAACGAGCAGCAGACUUUGACUCGAGAGCUGCUAGAACGCGCGGUAUCCACAGCUUUUGGUGGACUACUGAAGGACUCCACGCUGGAUGCCACAGCGUUCCCCGAUGACCGCGAAUCGCAAUUGAGUGGUCUGUCCAUUGUGCAUGACAGGGAGAAUACACCUCCAGUAAGGAGCCCAGCCACCAAGAUUGAGGCAAAGCUUCGCACCACCUUGGAGAAGAGCUCCUCGCUAUCAGCAGCCCAUCGCCAAAGGCGCCAUGAGCACACAGAAGUGUUGCAACAGGCCACAGAUGCUACGAAAGUAGCAAGAGAAUUCCAGCGACGAAUGAAACACGCUUCUUUCGAGCAUCGCGAGCGAAAACUGGCUGUACAGACACUGCAAGCGCGUAUCCAACGCGAGAUAGCAUUCCUGACUGCCACAGCGGCGGAUCUGGAGAAAAAGGAGUUCCUCCUCGACGACGCGUUUGAAAGCUACGAGCGCGCGUUGCGUCUCGAGCUUGGUCUUGAGCAAUCAGAAACAGGAUGAAGCGAGUCCUAGACGCUCCGUUUUAAAUAGCGUAAUAGCAGCUCAAAACGAGUUGCCCCGUAACCAGCGGAUGCCCCGCAACCCAUUGCCAGUUGCGACAUUGUUCUCAAGCCCAUUGAUAAUGUACCCAGACGCUGGGAAAUAAGCAAAAAGUUGGUAGGCACAAAAGCGCAGGAAAAUGACGGACAUGAAAACGGCAACACUUUACCUGCA